AGAUGACUGUGCCGACAAACCUGCUCCUCACUUGCUGUUCAGCCCAGCCCAGCCUAAGACUGAGCCUCCGACCAUCGCUGACUGCUACAGGACAGGAAGGCAAAUGCAGAGUCUGUCCCACCAGAACCAGUCAACAUGCCAGAGGGACUGUGGACAGGUCAGGACAAUGGACAGUCUUUGGCGCUGGACUUUGAGUUUUGGAGCACGUCACAUGGUUUGAAGUAACUUCAUAGCCCUUCCUGCCUGGCCCUGCCCACCACAGCCUAUAGAGAAAGAGCCAUUGGCGGGUUGCACCGGCCAGAUUGGAGACACCAGACUCCAGCCAGCUACAAGGAGGCCCCGAAGAAGCAGCUCUGGGCACCUCUGAUCCUGACCAGUUUUUAUUGUCAUCUUGGGUUAAUGAAGUCCCGGGCCAUGAGCAACAAAUGACUAAUGUGGUUUACUGACACCAGCUGAAGCUGCCUGCCUGCCAGAGCAGUGUGGAGCCAAGAGGGCUGGAGCAGAAAACUCCCUGGCCUCGGAAGUCCAAGCGCAGUCUUCCAUCGCACCCCUAUCCCAGCCUCUCAGAGUUCAGGUAUGGCGGAACUGUGCCGCAUGGAUUCCACACUGACUGCUCUGGACGAGGAGAUGCUCUGGGAUAUGCUGGAGAGUCACCGAUGCAGGAUCGUGCAGAGCAUCUGCCCUAGCCGGCUCACCCCCUACCUGCGCCAGGCCAAGGUGCUGGGCCAGCUGGACGAGGAGGAGAUCCUGCAUAGCUCCCGUUUCACCAACAGUGCCAUGAGAGUUGGGCACUUGCUGGAUCUGCUGAAGGCCCGAGGGAAGAACGGAGCCAUUGCCUUCCUGGAAAGCCUGAAGUUCCACAACCCUGAUGUCUACACCCUGGUCACUGGGCUGCAGUCUGACAUUGACUUCAGCACCUUCAGCGGUCUCAUGGAGACAUCCAAGCUGACCGAGUGUCUGGCUGGGGCCAUCAGCAGCCUGCAGGAGGAGCUGGCCCAGGAGAAGGCACAGAAGGAGGUGCUGCUUCGGAGAUGCCAGCAGCUGAAGGAGCGCCUGGGCUUGGCUGAGGCCCAUGCAGAGGGUCUGCGCCAGCUGGAGGUCGACCACAGCCGCAUGAAGCGUGAGGUCAGCACCCACUUCCACGAGGUCUUGAAACUGAAGGACGAGAUGCUGAACCUGUCACUGCACUACAGCAACGCGCUCAGAGAGAAGGAGCUGGCUGCCACACGCUGCCACAGCCUGCAGGAAGAGCUCUACCUGGUGAAGCAGGAACUCCAGCGAGCAAGCCUUGUAUCGUCAUGUGAAAGAGAAUCUCGAGAGAGGUCCCUGAAGAUGGCCAGCGACCUGGAGCCUGAGGGAGAGGAACUGAAUCGGCUUAAGGAGGAGAACGAGAAACUCCGCUCCAUGACCUUCAGCCUGGUGGAGAAGGACAUUUUGGAACAGAGUCUGGAUGAGGCCAGGGAGAGCAAGCAAGAGCUGGUGGACCGCAUCCACUCACUGCGGGAGAGAGCAGUGGCCGCGGAGAGGCAGCAGAAGCAGUACUGGGAGGAGAAGGAACAGACCCUACUCCAGUUCCGGAAGACCCAGGUGGACUGUGAACUAUACAAAGAAAAGAUGACCAUGCUUCAGGGCCAGGUGGCUGAGCUGCAGAAGGAACGUGACCAGGCAUACACAGCAAGGGACAGGGCCCAGAUGGAGAUUUCUCAGGGCCUGGUGGAGAAGGAUGCCCUUCGCAGGAGAGUGUUCGAGCUGACAGAGCAGGUCUGUGAGCUGCGUACUCAGCUGCGCAGGCUGCAGGCAGAGGCCCCAGGAGGACCCAAGCAGGAAGCAGGAACCAGGGAACUCUGCCUCCGGGGGAAGCAGAGGCUUGUGCGGAUGCAUGCUGUGUGCCCACCAGACGACAGUGACUGCAGCGUCCUCAGCUCCACCGAGUCCCGGCUGUGGUGGGACCUGAAUUCCACAUCCAGCCGGGAGCAGAUGGACAGCUUCCGCUCCAGCAGCCCCAUGCCUCCCAGCCAGCAGUCCCUGUACAAGCGGGUGGCAGAGGACUUCCUGGAAGACCCCGAGUCUCUAAGCUUCCCAGAAGUCCUUGAGGUGCGCCUUCAAGGGGCUACGGUGGACGACACAGACACAGACCUGGAGUUUGAGAUGAUCGACGGAGCAGACCUCUCUCAGACAGAGGACAGCCUGCAGGGGUCUUCCCGGAGCCUGAAUGUCUCAGAAAGCAGUGUCCCCGUGAGGAGGAGACCAGCCCGCAAGAUCCUAAGCCAGGUCACGGUGCUGGCGUUCCAAGGGGACGCGUUGCUGGAACAGAUUAGUGUCAUCGGUGGGAACCUCACUGGGAUCUUCAUUCACCGUGUCACGCCUGGCUCUGCAGCAGAUGAGAUGGCCCUGCGUCCUGGUACCCAGAUCAUGAUGGUGGACUAUAAACCUACCAAGCCAUCAUUAAGGGCCACUCUGGAGAAUACAACGCUGGAGCAGGCUGUGGGCCUUCUCAGGAGGGUGAAUGGCUCCUGCUACUUGUCUGUGAAGAUCAACACUGAAGGUUAUAAGAACCUCAUCCAGGACCUAGAUGCCAAAGUGGUAACAUCUGGGGAUUCCUUCUACAUCCGUGUCAACCUGGCCAUGCAGAGGGGAGGGGACGGAGAGCUGCAAACUCACUGCAAUGACAUCCUGCAUGUCACUGACACCAUGUUCCAAGGCCGCAGCUGCUGGCAUGCCUACCAUGUGAACCCCUACACCAUGAAAGACAUGGAGCCUGGCACCAUCCCCAACUAUUCACAGGCUCAGCAGCAGCUUCUGGCCCUCAUCCAGGACAUGACUCAACGGUGCACAGUCCCCCGCAAGCCUCCCGGAGGACCACAGAAGUUAGUACGAAUUGUCAGUGUGGACAAAGCCACUGUCAGUCCUCUGACUUCAUCCUUUGACCAAAGCCAGUGGGAUUCUGGCAAGGAGGAAGGUGUUCCUAGCGUGUGCUUCUGGUCAGAGAGCUGCUUCACCCUGGCACCGUACACCCUGGUGCACCCCCACAGGCCUGUCCGGCCCCGGCCUGUGCUGUUUGUGCCCAGAGUAGUUGGAAGGAUCCUGGGUAAAAAGCUGUGUCUCCUCCAAGGUUUUAAGCAGUGUUCAGCAGAGUACUUGAGCCGGGAGGAGUAUGCCACCUGGAGUCAGAGAGGGGACAUCAUCCAGGAGGGAGAGUCAACAGGUGACCACCCGUGGAUCACCCGGCAUGCUGUGGAGUCCCUCAUGAAUAUGAGCACCCACGCCCUGCUGGAUGUGCGGCUGGACAGCGUCCGAGUCCUACACGGGAUGGACAUAUUCCCCAUUAUUAUCCAUGUCUCUGUCAAUGAGAAGACGGCAAAGAAACUCAGGAAGGGCCUGCAUCGGCUUGGCAGCUCGGAGGAGCAGUUCCUGGAGGUGGCCCGGCAGGAGGAGGGGGAGCUGGACAGAGUGCCGUGUCUGUACAGCAGCCUGGCCCCUGACAGCUGGAGUGACCUGGACAGCCUGCUCAGCUGUGUGCGCCUGGCCAUUGCAGAUGAGCAGAAGAAGGUGGUGUGGACAGAGAGCCCCUGCUGAAGCCCAGACCUGGCUUGGGACUGUGGGGACCUCUGUGUCUGUUAAUGCUGUCAGCAAACAACCCCACUUCCUUCUCUGGUCGGGGUCUGACCUCAGGUGCUCACAGAAAUCAAAGUGUAAAUGACGAAGCCACCUUCACACAGCAUGGCCUGGGCUGACAGACCUGGAGGACCAGAGAAUAUUCUGCCGUGUGGGGGUGCUCCCUGAGACCCGCUCAGAGCCAGUGCCCCAGCCUCCUGUGACAACAGGAAUAGCUUUGUGGGUUCUGGCCCUUCCUUUUACGGUUCCGAUGUCAAAGGAACCUUGCAAGCUCGCUGGAGCAGUCCUUCCUGCCCAGGGGGCCUGACUCUGGAACACCGUGGACACAGCUGACUCAGCUGCUAACAGCCAAGUGCUGCCACAGACAUCUGCAAAUGAAGGUGCCAUAGCGCACAGACUUGAGUGGCUCUUUGACUCACUGCCUCUGUGCCUAACCCCAAACCCCAGGUUGCUUUGGUGCAUAUCCCAGAGGCAACUGACCCUUCGUGAGCAAAGAACUCUCUCUCAAAACUGACAUUACCCCCAGUCCUUCCCAGGGUGCAUUGCGCCACACUUGGGUGAAGCCCCCACCUAGCCAUAAACUGAGUCAUUUUGA